GCCCUGUUGACUGUUCGAGGAAACUGGCUUCCAAGUUUAUUCAGAGCAUGCGCCAUAUCAACAGCCUACAAAGGGGAGGUGCUAGAAGUCGGACCGGAAGUGGAAGUGGUCUUCCAAGGCUUUUUUGUCGCUGGUGUCAGGAGUAUUUUCAUAUUCCAAUACCGAUAAAUCUUUGAGGUUUCUGGGUGUCUCUGGGGAGCCCCUGGGCCAGAUUUUCCUCCAGACUCCAGCCCAUCUCUUCAGAGCAGCUCUGCUUGAGUUCACAGAUGACUGCCAAGCUUCAGACACCCUAGAGAAAAAGGGUUGAGACCCAGUGUGGCCAUGCCAGCUAAUUGGACCUCACCUCAGAAAUCCUCAGCCCUGGCUCCAGAGGAUCAUGGCAGCUCCUAUGAGUGUUAACCUUGAUGCCUGAAAGAACUGGAAAUUAUGAAGAUAGAUUCAGAAGUCAAAUAUGUUAACUAACUGCAUUGAAGAGUAGAAGAAAACAAUAGCCUAGGAUCAGUGUCCUUCAGGGACGUGGCUAUCGAUUUCAGCAGAGAGGAAUGGCGGCACCUGGACCCUUCUCAGAGAAACCUGUACCGGGAUGUGAUGCUGGAGACCUACAGCCACCUGCUCUCAGUAGGAUAUCAAGUUCCUGAAGCAGAGGUGGUCAUGUUGCAGCAAGGAAAGGAACCAUGGGCACUGCAGGGUGAGAGGCCACGUCACAGCUGCCCAGGAGAGAAAUUAUGGGACCAUAAUCAAUGUAGAAAAAUCCUCAGUUAUAAACAAGUAUCCUCUCAACCUCAAAAAAUGUAUCCUGGGGAGAAAGCUUAUGAAUGCGCCGAAUUUGAAAAGAUAUUCACCCAGAAGUCACAGCUCAAAGUACACCUGAAAGUUCUUGCAGGAGAAAAGCUCUAUGUAUGCAUUGAAUGUGGGAAGGCUUUUGUACAGAAGCCAGAAUUUAUUAUACACCAGAAAACCCAUAUGAGAGAGAAACCCUUUAAAUGCAAUGAAUGUGGAAAAUCCUUUUUUCAAGUGUCGUCCCUCUUCAGGCAUCAGAGAAUUCAUACCGGAGAGAAACUCUAUGAAUGCAGCCAAUGUGGGAAAGGCUUCUCUUAUAACUCAGAUCUCAGUAUACAUGAGAAAAUUCAUACUGGAGAGAGACACCAUGAAUGCACUGACUGUGGCAAAGCGUUCACACAAAAGUCCACACUCAAGAUGCAUCAGAAAAUCCAUACAGGCGAGAGAUCCUACAUCUGUAUUGAAUGCGGACAGGCCUUCAUCCAGAAGACCCAUUUGAUUGCACACCGAAGAAUUCAUACUGGAGAAAAACCAUAUGAGUGCAGUAACUGUGGCAAAUCCUUCAUUUCCAAGUCACAACUUCAGGUACAUCAACGUAUUCACACAAGAGUGAAGCCCUAUAUAUGUACCGAAUAUGGGAAGGUCUUCAGCAAUAAUUCCAACCUCAUUACACAUAAGAAAGUUCAAAGUAGAGAGAAAUCUUCCAUAUGUACUGAGUGUGGGAAGGCCUUUACCUACAGGUCAGAGUUGAUUAUUCAUCAGAGAAUUCACACUGGAGAGAAACCUUAUGAAUGCAGUGACUGUGGAAAAGCCUUCACUCAGAAGUCAGCACUCACAGUGCAUCAGAGAAUUCAUACAGGAGAAAAAUCAUAUAUAUGCAUGAAAUGUGGACUGGCCUUCAUUCAGAAGGCACACUUGAUUGCACAUCAAAUAAUUCAUACUGGAGAGAAACCUUAUAAAUGCAGUCACUGUGGGAAAUUGUUUACUUCCAAGUCACAACUCCAUGUUCAUAAACGAAUUCACACAGGAGAAAAGCCCUAUAUGUGCAAUAAAUGUGGGAAGGCAUUCACGAACCGGUCAAAUCUCAUUACACAUCAGAAAACUCAUACAGGAGAGAAAUCUUAUAUAUGUUCCAAAUGUGGAAAGGCCUUCACCCAGAGGUCAGACUUGAUUACACAUCAGAGAAUCCAUACUGGGGAGAAGCCUUAUGAAUGCAAUACUUGUGGAAAAGCCUUCACUCAGAAGUCACACCUCAAUAUACAUCAGAAAAUUCACACUGGAGAGAGACAGUAUGAAUGCCACGAAUGUGGGAAAGCCUUCAACCAGAAAUCAAUACUCAUUGUUCAUCAGAAAAUUCAUACAGGAGAGAAACCCUAUGUAUGCACUGAGUGUGGAAGAGCUUUCAUCCGCAAGUCAAACUUUAUUACUCAUCAAAGAAUUCAUACUGGAGAGAAGCCUUAUGAAUGCAGUGACUGUGGGAAGUCCUUUACCUCCAAGUCUCAGCUCCUGGUGCAUCAGCCAAUUCACACAGGAGAAAAACCCUAUGUGUGUGCCGAGUGCGGGAAGGCCUUUAGUGGCAGGUCAAAUCUCAGUAAGCACCAGAAAACUCAUACCGGAGAAAAGCCCUACAUUUGUUCUGAAUGUGGGAAGACCUUUCGACAGAAGUCAGAGUUGAUUACACAUCACAGAAUUCAUACUGGAGAGAAACCGUAUGAGUGCAGUGACUGUGGGAAGUCUUUCACUAAAAAAUCACAGCUCCAAGUGCAUCAACGAAUUCACACUGGAGAGAAGCCUUACGUGUGUGCUGAGUGUGGGAAGGCCUUUACUGACAGGUCCAAUUUGAAUAAACAUCAGACAACACACACUGGAGACAAACCCUACAAGUGUGGCAUCUGUGGGAAAGGCUUCGUUCAGAAAUCAGUGUUCAGCGUCCAUCAGAGCAGCCACACUUGAGAGAAACAGUGUGAGAAAACCCCCCUGAGGGUUGGGUCUGAUUGUACACUGUUGCAUGCAUGCAGCAGAAAAAUAUGUAUAUUAUUGUAAAUAGAAAUGACCACGUCAGAAUGUCACACAUGGCUGUUCUGGAGAGGGCCUCUGAGAAGGCACUGAAUGAGGCGAGGGACCCUUCCUACAUUGUCACCAUCCCCAGUAAACCUUGGGUCAUUAUUCAUACUGACAAGGAACCGAGUCAAUUUGGUGAAUAGGAAAAGCCUUCUCAUGAAAACUACAAUAGAAUACUGUUACCAAAUUCUUCCUAAGAAAGAUCGUAUUAUGUUAAUGAUAAUCCUGUUUAUUGUGGAUUAGGUAUAGUGCCAACAAAUUGAAUGAUAAAACAACAUAAUACGUAGUUAUUUUGAUAGUGAUGAAUCCUAAGUUAUGUGAGUUGUUCGUUGUGGAACACAUUGUGUAACAGACUCCUGGGUGUUUUUCUUUCUCAUUCGAAUCUACCACAGUUGGUCAUAUCCAACCCUCAUUCAGUAUUUCUAUCAAGAAAGAGAUGCUACAAAAAAAAAAAAAAGGAAAAACCUUUAUGUAUACAGAUGUAAACCUCAGAAUGUAUGUUGAGUCCCCACUGUCAUCUACCAAGACUUGCACCCCCCUCAUUAUCUACCAUGACUGUCUCUCAGCCUCACAGGCCCUCAGCACUUUGUGUUUUGACCCCCAGCACCGUGUCUUGUGAACUCCCAUCACCUUCAAGAAAGCUUCCGAGGUAAGAAUUUUAUGGUCAUCUGGGACAACUUAAAUCUCCCUUCUGCUGUCAUAGUUCUUCCAACUCAGUUGCCUUUUUUUUUUUUUCGUACUCAUCACUGACUUGAAGCUUAGCAUCUGGCUUCCUUAAGGAUGUGACUUUCAUGUAACAGAUUAAUAACUUAUAUGAAAACCGACACAACCAUAUGUUUAGGGCUGGAAAGGGCCAUGACGCCUGGCCAUUUUUCCUGUUUUACCUUACUCUUAUGUGUGUCACACUUCAUCAAUUCCGGAAACAGUUUCUGGAGAUCUCCUCAUUACCUCUUUUACAAUCACCUCACUCCAGCAUGGCGUCUGUUACCUCUUCCCACUUGUGACAAUGUCUAGUAAGGUCCACUCUCCAUUCUGUGUGAUGACCACUUAUUACAACCCUCAGAAUAGGGGACAGUGGUGUGCCCCCUGCAAUACAAUGGUUUCUAUCUCCUGAUACUUUUAUUACACCUCUAGCAGGAUGUCUUGUGAUCCUCCUUAUUGAUUUUUCCCUCACAAUGAUGAACAAUUAUCUCCCGUUACUCACCUAGCAGUAUCUAACUAUCCCUAACACAGCAUGUGGGAAUGCCCUCAAUACGGUGGAUGCUGUUAACUUUCUUCCUUCCCCUCAGGCAAUGGCGGUGACUUACAAUGAACCAUAAUGUCCACAUUUCCCAACUGUAUUUUGGAGCCUCUUCUGUCCCCUUCUUUCUAGGACCCCAGUUAAAAAAAAAAAAAAAACUAGCCCAAUGUCUGUUGAUGCCCAUUAAUCACUAACACAGUGUCUGACCCCUCCAUUAAAUUUUGAUGGUAUCUCUUGGCUCCCCGUUGUCCCGUUAACCCAAUGUCUGCUGAUUCCCAAUUUCCCACAUUGCUUCAUGAGGUUCCUUAGUCACCCUUGGCUACUGUACUUCCCCCAAGAUUGCAUCUCCAUGUUUGCAUGGUCAUGAUCCCUGGAAGAUGGUGAUGAGGAUGAGGUCCCAGCCUCAUAGACCUUUUCCUCUGAGUUCCCCCCAAGGCACAAUGGAAUGAUGGACCCAGGGUGGGCCAGGGAUGAUCUGGAGAUCUCAGGAGACCACAAGCUGGGCUUCCUGUCUACUACAUGAGUAUGGUGUGAGCAGAACAGUGAAAGCUGUCUAUGUUGGUUCAAAUUCUGGUGCCAACACUGAUCCACUUAGGGACCCUCAGCCUGCCCAGAAACCUCCUCUGGGCCUCAAUUGUCUCACUUGUGAAAUGGGAUUAUGGGAGAAUGAAGUGAGUUUUUUUGGGUCACAUGAUGGAUGGGAUCCAAGCCAGCAGGGCCCAAUGACAGCAUCCUGUUAAUAUUAGUCAUCAGUCAACAUAAGCAUCUGACUAUCCUCUGUAUGCCCAAGCCUCAUGAAAGGCAACAAUUUAUUGUAAAUGACUUUUGAUUAUUUCUCUUACAUAUUUAUUGUGACAAUAUUAUAAUACUUACGUAUAUGUAUAUGCAUAUACCCGUAUAUACGGAAGGCUUUAUUUUUUAGAGUAGUUUUAGGUUCAAAGCAAAAUUGGGUAGAAAUUACAGAGGUUUCCCAUAUAUCCCCUAAUCCACAUAUGCAUAGCCUCCCACAUUAUCAGCAUUCCUCUCAGAGUAGUAUAUUUGUUACAAUUGGUGAACCUCCACUGACACUCAUUAUCACCCCAAGUCUAUAGGUUAUAUUAGGGUUCAUCCUUGGUGUAACACCAUAGAAUGUGUCUUGUACUUUCUGCUUGUUGGAACAAGUGGAUCAUGGCAUGUUUCCACUGUUAUACACAGAGUAGUUUCACUGCCCUAAAAAUCCUCUGUGUUCUGCCAGUCAUCCCUUCAUCUCCUCUAACCCUGGCAACAUUUUUUCUGUCUCCAUAGUUUCACCUUUGAUCUUUUAUAUCAUAUAGUUGAAAUCAUACAGUGUGUAGCCUUUUCAAAUUGACUUCUUUCACUUAGUAAUGUGGAUUUCAGUUUCCUCCAUGUCUUUUCAUGGCUUGAUAAUGCAUUUCUUUUUAGAGCCAAAUUAUGUUCCAUUGUCUGGAUGUUUAUUUAUUCACCUACUGAAGGACUGUUGGAUGCUUCCUUUUGGCAAUUAUGAGGAAAGCUGUUAUAAAUAUCUGUGCAGGCUUUUUGUGUGGACAUAACUGAAAUAUUUUUAAAGUUAUAUUUAUUGAGGUAUAAUUUACAUUCAGUAAUAGUCACACUUUUUAGUGUAGAGUUCUGAGUUUUGACAGUUGUAUCUAAUCAUGCAAUCAACACCACAGUCAAGAUAGAGAACAGGUCCCUCACUUCCCUAAUUUCUUUCUUAUCCCUUUUUAGUCCCUUUUCCCACUCCCAGCCCUUGGCAAUCACCAGUCUGUUUCUGUCUCUAUAGUUCUGCCUUUUCCAUAAUAUUGUAUAAGUGGAGUCCUUGUGUGUGUGUGUGUGUGUGUGUGUGUGUUUUGUAUGUGUAUGUAUAUCUCCUUUUGAGUCGGAGUGCUUUCAUUUAAUGUGAUGUAUCUGAGAUUCAUCCAUAUGGUUCUAUGAAAAACAAAUGAAAAAUAAGGUGAUGAAAAGAUGCUCAACAUCUUUAAUUAUCAGGAAAAUGUAAAUCAAACCACAAUGAGAUACUACUAUAGAAUGGCUUUUAGAAUGGCUAAAAAUGAAAAUGUGCCAUAAAUUGGCAAGAAUACAGACCAAUGGAAAUUUUCAUGCAUUGCUUGUAGGAUUGUAAAAUGGUCUGUCCACUAUGCACAAAAGUUUGGCAGCUUCUUAUACUAUUAACCAUACAUUUAUCAUAUGACUCAGCAACUCCACACUUAGGUAUUUACCCUAGAUGAAAGAAAAAUUCUGUUUACAUGAAAACCUAUACUCAGAUGUUCACAGCAAUUGUAUAAUUGCCCAAAUUAGGAAGUAACACAAAUGUACAGCAGUGGAUGAGUGAUUAAACAAAUUGUGUACACCAAUACUAUGGAGGGCUGCUCAGACAUAAAGAAAUGAUUUAUUGACACUUACUACAACAUGGAUGAAUCUCAAAAGUGCUGUUGUAUUUUACCAUGUGAUAACUUGAAUUACAUUUGACAAAAGAUUUAUAAGUGUAAAUAACUAGAUUUAUAUAUUUUAAUUUUAUAUGUGCCUGUCAUUACAUACUAUAGAAAAUUGUGUCUACAGUAUGUUAUAUAGCAUAUUGUAAUAUUUAUUACUGUAUAUUCCUUAUGACAAUAAAAUAGUUUGUAUUUUAUAUAAUA